AUGUCACAUGGACAUUGAUAAUCGAACCAAUCAAAAAACAAAUUAUUUCGAGAAAAAAAAACGCGCUUUCGAUUUCGACACGCUCCACGACUAGAUCUAAAACUUAAUUUAGACUCUAAGUGUAAUUAAUCUAUCGCACUAACUACUCGUUAACAAAGAAUAGAAGAUUUUUAUUGUGAUAAUAUAAAUAAAAACAUUACAUAAUGCCACUAUUGCGAUUAACUGCUGGUACUUUUGGGCAGUUGCGUACCUUCGCAACGUCAUCGGCCCUAGGAAAAAGAGUGAAGACCUUUGCAAUAUAUCGUUGGAAUCCAGACGAGCCUGACAAGAAGCCGCACACCCAAAACUUUGAAGUCGAUCUAGACGAUUGCGCGCCCAUGGUGCUUGAUGCUCUAUUGAAAAUAAAAAAUGAAAUGGACCCAACCCUUACUUUCAGACGAUCUUGUCGCGAAGGUGUCUGCGGCUCGUGCGCGAUGAACAUCGACGGUAUCAAUACACUCGCUUGCAUCAGCCAUAUCGAUCAGAACCUCUCAAAGCCUUCAAAGAUAUACCCUUUGCCACACAUGUACGUAGUAAAAGAUCUCGUGCCUGAUCUUACUAACUUUUAUCGCCAAUAUCAAUCCAUAGAGCCUUGGCUGCAGCGUGACAAGGAAGCAGUUAAAGGUGCGGAGACACAGUUACUUCAGGAUGUAGAAGAUAGAGCUAAACUUGACGGUUUGUAUGAAUGUGUACUUUGUGCGUGCUGCUCGACGAGUUGCCCGUCUUACUGGUGGAACGGUGACAAGUAUUUGGGUCCUGCAGUACUGAUGCAGGCUUAUAGAUGGAUCAUUGAUUCUCGUGACGAGGCUACAGCUAAACGGUUAUCGAAAUUGAAAGAUACCUAUUCAGUUUACCGUUGCCAUACCAUCAUGAACUGCACUAGAACAUGUCCAAAAGGUCUUAACCCUGGCCGAGCCAUAGCCCAAAUUAAAACAUUACUGUCAGGAAUUGUCAAGAAGCAAGACCCCAUCAUGGACCCGGCAGGUUUAGAGAAGCAAACGGCACAAAACUAAUAAUUAUGGCUGUAGUUAAAAUUCUAUUAAGUUUUUGCCAAUAUGUUAAUUUAUUAGUUGACAAUAAUUUGACUUUAAGAAAAGUACAAUUUGAUAGUUAAAGAAUACAAUAAUUAAGAAGCUACUUUGAUAUGAAAUUAAUUUAAUAAAAUCAUUUAAAGAAAGAAACAAAUGAAAUCAUAAUCUCUUUGAAACUAAAGUUAAAAUAUUUCACAAUAUUUGACUCGGUACUUAAGUACAUAGAACUUUACAAUGAUACUAUCCCUUUAUUGUAGAAGAAAAAUGAUUGGAAAUCUUUAAACAAAACUGACCUGUUACUUGACCUUAAUUUAUAUAAAUAAACAUUAUAACAAGUUUUAGAUAAUUGUGUAUAUUAGUGAAAUUAUCGAAAGUAUUAUAUCAAUCUGUAAAGUAAUCAUGUAACAUACAUUUUAUACACAUUUUAAUUUGAAAAUGAGGUUGAUUAAUGUAUGAAGUUAUCGAACGUCCUUGUGAGGUCAUUUAUUUAACAUCUUUCAAGCGUAAAUUAUUGUCAUUAUUUAUUGUUCAUCUCAUUAGGUGUAUAAAUGUAAGAAGUUACAUUGUAUUAUUUUGAAUUUUGUUAAAUAAACAUUUAUUUUUUCUGCA